AUGUCCACAGCGCUGGUGUCGGCGUUUUAUGAUGUAAACGACGUUCUUUAUAAGGUAAGUUUCUAUCGUGUCACUUUCUUUAGCGCGAAAACAAUCGCGUCUAUUCAUUGCGCGAUGUCUCUAAAGUAGAGUUCUUUGUGCGAGGUGAUUAAGACCAAUUUUGGAUUCUCUUUGGCGCUAUGAUCUCACGUAAACAUGUUAAUCGUUUCUUGCUUUCAGAACAACAAAAACCUUGGCUUGGCCUUUGAACAGAGACAGAGGAGCGAGCGAAAACCCCUUCCUAUCGGCCAACCAAGGCGACACUCUUCAGUUACAAGUUCUCGCUCGUCGCCGAAUUUGAUCACGCUCACUGGUUCUCCAGGCAAACGAGAGCGCUCAUUGAGUUUAAGUGCCGAAGAAGAGCGUAGGCGAUCGAGCUCAAACUCAAGUCGCUACAAGACAGAACUUUGCCGUCCUUUUGAGGAAAACGGAACCUGCAAAUACGGCGAUAAAUGCCAAUUCGCACACGGCGUUCAUGAACUGCGCUCGCUUAGCCGCCAUCCAAAGUACAAGACCGAGUUGUGCCGAACUUUUCACACCAUCGGAUUCUGUCCAUAUGGACCGAGAUGCCAUUUUAUUCACAACGCUGAGGAGAGAAGAGCCGCCCAAAUGGCGAUUAGUGGUUCCAGAAUAUCGCCACCUUCGCCACUGAUCGGUCCACCUUCUCCGCCGCUCACCGAACCAAGUUCGCCAUUGCCAAGCUCACUAACCCCUCCUUCUCCUUCACCACUGUCAUUCUACAACGACGAUAGCCCGUUGGGAAGUCCCAUAAAUAGUCCUCUUCCAAUACCUUCGCCGUCUUCUAAUAAUGUCUUCACUUUUCCAACUCAAGCUCAGGAUUUUUCUCCUAUUCUUUCCCCGACCAUGGGUAGUCCACCUGGUGUAUUUUCUCCAGGAUUAGAAUUAAACGAAGAGGAUGAAUUGGAUGAAGACGAAAACCUGCCCCCAACUCCGCCGGAUUCUUACGACGCACUGGCAAGCCGAAGGCGCCUUCCCGUGUUCAAUAGGAUCUCAGUUCCCGAAUGA